GACGUAUUAAUUUUUUUUACAUAUUUUAAUCCUAAUUUUUAAUAUGAAAUAUCUAGAGAACAAUUAAGAGUGUAAAGUUCAAUAAUACACUUUGAUAAAUAUAAUGUUAAAAAUAAGUCUAAGCCUAUUAUUAAUAAUGUAAGUAAAUAAAAUUUGUUUUGGUUAAAAUUAUUAAGUACUAAAAAAUAUUUAAACAUUAUUUUACAUAAUUUAAAUUAUAAAUUUAAACAAAAUUAGCUCCUUAAUUUUAGAAAAUAAUAUCACAAUUAAUGGUCAUGCCAAACCACAAAAAAACUAACACCAUGUACAAUGCAUAUUAUAACACAAAUAAAUUUUGUAUAAGUAGGGAAAAUAUAUAACAGAAAACAUAAUUUACAAAUUUGAAAAUCAUAGAAUAUCAGUUAAACAAUUUUGAUGAAGAUUAGGCAAAAAGAUGUCCGCGCAUAGUGCGGAUUUGUAUCUAGUUAAAAAAAAAUAAAAUGGCAUAUGUUUACCAAAAGUAAUUAAGUCAAUAAAUUAAAUUUAAGUUGAUGAACACAACAACAACGUAAAUUUAAUAAAGAACCAUCUAGCAAAAAUAUAUCUGUUUUAAAAUUAUCUAACUUAACCUCUAUAUAAAUUGAUUGACCUAAGAUACAAGUCAAUAAUUAAGCAGGGUAAUUUUAUUAAAAUUCAUGAGAAAGGGAUAGAAAUCUAAAAAUAUGUUAAUGAAAACAACAUAUAAAUCCAUGAACAUGAAUAAAUAACCCCACAAUUAAAAUGUCAACUUUAUAAGAAAGCUUAUUAACCAAAAUAUAAGUCAACUUUUUAAACAUAUAUUAAGUAUUUUUGUGAUAGUAAAGUUACUAUUCCUAGAUCUUUAUAUAAUACUUUAUUUGAUGAUGAAGUGAGUAUAAACUCAAAGUCAUGAUCAAAAGAUUUAAAAGGUCACCUAGUGACAAUAUUACAAACAUUGUUGGUUUUUGUAAUAUAUUUAUAUAACGCUCUUCUACCUGAAAACAAUCUGUAAAUUUGUGGAAUACAUCUCUGUGUAAUAUAGUAUCUAAGCUGUUCAUACCUUUAUGUUUUAAAACUUUUGUUUUAUGAAGAAUAAUAAUAAAUAUAUUUACCUCAUUGUAAAUUUACGAAAUUCUUCUUUUUAUGUAAAACAUAGAGGUAUUUAUUGUUUUUAUUUAUUUCUGAAUUUCAUGGAUUUCUAUAUAAUUGCUGAAUAAUUAUAAAAUAUGGAAUAAAUAACCUCUAUACAAAUCACUGAUGGGUUGUUUUAUAUCAGCAUAGAAAAAAGAUUAAAACAAGUUAUCAAAAAAAAGACAAACUUUUGUGCGCAGAUUAAUAAAAUUUUCUUAUUUUAUUUUUAGAUGAAACAUCAUUUAUUAGCUAUAUAGAUGUUAUUGAACCAUUUGUAGAACAUACUGCAGAAUACAAAUUAAAUGAUCAUAAGGAUUAAAUAUAUAAGUAUUGAAACAAUUUUUUUUCCCGCACAAAUGAAUCAGAAUGAAUGUCCUUUUUUCUAAUGAAUUAUUUGCGUUAGAAAAUUCAACUUGUUUUAGGGUAUUUUUUCAAACUGCUCAGGAAAUCAACAAGUACCUGCCACAGAUAUCACCUUACCAAUGAUAUGUUUUAUUGGGUAUAUGCUUGAUUGUGGUAUAUGCUUACAAUUGUUCCCUAUAGUACGUAUUACGUCGUAUAACACUUCAAAAAUGGUUAUAAUUUACAUAGUUUGUUAACGUUGAUUUGACAACAUAUAUUUAUUUCUUUAUUUGGUCAGUCAAUCCUACUAUCUAUAUAUAUGUGGCAGGCCAAUAAUAUUACACAUAUGGACCAGGAUAAUCCCAACCAAACAGCUUUAAGAGAAAAAAAUAUCUAAACAUUAGUCUUUAAUCAAGCAAAAAUGCAUGCAUUGGGCCAUACAUUUUUCCCAAACUUUGGGCGGGAGUCGACGGGAGUGUACGAGAGCUACAACAUUGUCAGAGAUAACCAUAACAACGGCACGUUUCUUGAUUUUCCGGUACCGAAUAUGUAUGGAGUGGUUCAUCAUCAGACCAGCUUAGUGGAUUCUGUUUCGUCGGAGGGAAACGGAAUAGACAACAAUUUGGUCGUGAUGAAGAAGCUUAAUCACAAUGCUAAUGAGCGUAACCGUCGCAAGAAGAUCAACUCUUUGUUCUCAUCUCUUCGUUCAUGUCUUCCAGACUCGGAUGAGCUCAAGAAGCUAAGUAUUCCUAAGACGGUUUCUCGGAGCGUGCAGUACAUAACGGAGCUGAAAGAGCAAGCGAAUAAGCUAAGACAAAAGAAGGAUGACCUAUUGGUGCGAGUAUUGGUUCAAAAAGAACGUUACGUUCAGCCGCAACCAAAGGUGAUUGCUAGUUAUGUUUCCACUGUUUUUGCGACUAAGCUUAGAGACAACGAAGUGAUGGUACAAAUCUCAUCGUCCAAGAUUCAUAAUUUUUCCAUAUAUAAUGUGUUGAGUGGACUAGAAGAAGAUGGGUUUCUUAUCGUGGAUGUUUCAUUUUUGAGUUCUCAAGGAGAACGAAUCUUCUACACUUUGCAUCUCCAAUUGGACACGUUUGAUAAUUACAAGCUAAUCUGCGAAGAGCUAAGUCAAAGGAUUUUGUACUUGUAUGAGAAAUUUGGAUACUCGUCUAAAUGUUAA